AUGUCGCGUUCAAGGUCUGGGAAGAAGCCUGUGGGGUUCGCCACCCAUAUCACUGCCGGGGGCAUCGCGGGAGCUUGCGAAGCGCUGGUAUGUCAACCCCUAGAUACAAUAAAGGUUCGGAUGCAGCUGUCCAGGUCGGGUAGAGCACCAGGGACGAAACCGAGAGGGUUUUUCGCGACGGGUGCCUAUAUCGUGAAGCGUGAAACGCUGCUUGCGUUGUACAAGGGUCUGGGUGCCGUGCUCUCUGGUAUUGUACCCAAGAUGGCCAUCCGUUUCGCAAGCUUCGAGGCGUACAAGGGAUGGUUGGCAGACAAGUCGACUGGGAAGACGAGUGUUGGAGGGAUCUUUAUUGCUGGUCUUGGUGCUGGUGUGACCGAAGCCGUCGCGGUUGUAACACCAAUGGAAGUUGUCAAGAUUCGAUUGCAGGCGCAGCAACACUCUCUGGCCGACCCGUUGGAAACCCCAAGAUACCGCAAUGCUGCACAUGCCGCCUAUACCAUCGUUCGAGAGGAAGGAUUCGCCACGCUUUACCGCGGUGUUUCGUUGACUGCUUUGCGGCAAGCGACUAAUCAGGGCGCCAACUUCACGGCGUACCAAGAAAUUAAGAAGUUUGCACACAAGCUGCAGCCGGAUUUGGAGGAAUUACCAUCAUAUCAGCACAUGAUGAUUGGUCUCAUCUCUGGUGCUAUGGGCCCCUUCUCCAACGCACCAAUUGAUACCAUUAAGACUCGCCUACAAAAAGCAACCACAGUUCCUGGUCAAACCUCGAUGCAGCGUAUCCUCUAUAUCGCGUCUGACAUGUGGAAGAACGAGGGCUUCAGGUCUUUCUACAAGGGGAUCACGCCUCGUGUACUGCGCGUAGCCCCAGGUCAGGCUAUCGUGUUUGCUGUAUAUGAACGCGUCAGUCAGAUCAUAGAGAGGAUCUCGCCGAGGGUCCAGGAGGCGGAUUAUCACUCGGAGUAG